CAACAACAACGUCAAUCAUGUCCGACGACGAGUACAGCGCCGCCUCCGAAGAAGUCGAGGAAGAAGAAGUCACAGAUCUUUCCAACAGGUACGUGUCCUAGCGUUGAUGUUGUUGGUGCUACAGCACUGAAUUCAUGCUCGUCACUUCUGUUUUGAAGGAACGAGAAUCCAAAUAGAAUCAUUCACUUAUUUUUUCUGACACUGUUGGCGAUGAAAAUAAAUCAACACAGUGAUGUGUGCACAAAAUACCAAGAGGCAUCGAAGAUCGUGAACCUCACACUAGAGGGUCUCGUUGCUCAGACUGUCGUUGGUGCUAAAGUAUUGGACCUUUGCAAAUUCGGUACUACCGUUAUGGAAACCGCGGCAUCGAAGCUUUAUACUAAGAAAGUUAACGGAGUAGCGAUCGACCGUGGUGUUGCAUUUCCCGUUUGCGUUAGUGUUAAUGAUAUCGUUUGCAACUGCAGUCCCCUCAACGAUCCCGAACCAGAAUCAAUUGCGAUGGUGAGUUCCUUCUCUUUUUUCAGACGUCAUUUGAUCAGUCAUGUGAUUGUUUCGCUACUUGUAUUUGGCUUGUUUAGAUGAUUAGCUAUUAUUUGAUGAUUUGAUUCGUUUGAGUACGAAAUUCCCCUGUCCGAUCGCACACAAGCGGGUCACGAGAUUGCUUGACUUCAGACUCAUCCUUUACGGAAGAUCAAAGCGGCGAUCUGAGACUGAUCCGCAGAUCAUCAAAAAGACAGGAAGAUAAAAGAAGAAAAGACGACUCCCUUGGUUCUGUCACUUCGAUAGAACGAGCCCCGGUCGUAUCACCCUCGGCUUUGCGGUCCUGGGUCGAUCCCGGUGUUUGCUUGGAGGACUCUUAUGCUUGAUGCGCUCCUGCCAUCCGACCGUUUCUCCGAUUACACCAGCAUGUUGCGUUCCGUAGCGAAAUUCAUCGGACGACAGUCUUGAUCGAAAUCCUACUAAGACCCUCUGUUUGCAUGGUUGCCUUGCGCAUAUGUGGAGAAACGGACGCCACAUUUCGCUCGUUCGUUGUGAAGAAAAAUUGACAACUUCAUGCUAAGCCAACGACUCACUCUCUGCUUUGUUCGUCCACGUGCCACCUACCGGAUAACAGACACCUUUGAAAGCCGGUGAUGUUGUUAAAUUCGAUUUGGGAUGCCACCUCGAUGGGUACAUCGCGGUCGCAGCCCAUACCGUUGUCGUGAAGGAAACCGCCGACAGCCCAGCCCCACCGGAAGACGAGGAACUCGCCAAAUGUGCCGUAGCUACUUACAACGCUAUGUUGGUAGCUGCUGCUACCAUUGCUGCCGGAAAGACCAACGCUGACGUCACGAAAGCCGUUGACAAGGUCGCCAAGGCGUACGGCGUCACCCCAAUUUCGUCCGUCCGAAUGCACCAAAUGAAGCGAUACGUACUGGAUGGAGUUAAGGAAGUUGCCCUCAAAGAACCGCUACCAGAUGAUCCCGAGGAAGAAAAGGUCCCAGACUGCACCUUUGAACAAGCUGAGGUCUACGCAGUUGAUGUCGCCAUGUCUACCGGAGAUGGUAAGGCCCGACCAGGCACCAUGAGAACCACCGUUUUCAAGCGCAACGUUGAACAGCAGUACUUGCUCAAGGUCAAGGCUGCUCGCCAAACCCUUGCUGAGGUUGAUAAGAAGUACCCAACCAUGCCUUUCACAAUGCGCGAUUUGACCGAUGUUCGUGCCGCCAAGCUUGGAAUCAACGAAUGCGUUGCACACGGACUAUUAACUCCUUACCCUUCACUGCACGAUUACUCCGGAAAGGUCUGCCACUUUAAAUGCACCGUUCUUUUGUUGCCAUCUGGAACAGCAAGAGUAACUGGAUUGAAGCUUCCUGAGUACUUCAAAACCGAUGUACAGGCCGACGAAGAAACGCAAAAGAUCUUGGCAGAGAUCGCCGAAGCGGAAGCAAAGAAGGCCGCAAAGAAAGCUGCAAAGAAGAGAAACAAGAAAAAGAAGAAAUAAACAGAAAGCCGCAAGUACGUGCUAUCGAAUUUCUGGAAACGGCGAAAGGAGACGGCACUAGUUUCGUUCGUUCGAUGUGGGGUUUCAAAUGUCUUUGUCAACGACUCUCUCAACUCCAGUGGGGCGAGAAGGAAUUAUCACUUAAAUUCUACUAAAAUUUAAAUUGAAGAUGUCUAGCUACGAUUCAUUUUAAAAUUCUCUUCUAGACUUCAUACCCUUUAAUUAAAUUUUUGCAAGUAU